AUACAGAUUAUAGGAUACACAAAUUGAUUUGUCAAAUAACGUAUCCAGUAUCUACCUACAAUAUUUGUAUCGGAAUGCAUUAAUGGAAAUAACUAGUUAUUUCGAUCGUAAUUCGUUAUGAGUUCCGAUAAUAAUGAAACACUAAAAUUGCCUGACGGCUGGGUGCUGUGUGAUUCCAAAUCGACUCCCGGUAGAAAGUAUUAUUUCAACAGGAAAACUGGGAAAUCAUCCUGGGCCGAACCACAGGCUGAUGGUAAAUCAAGCGAUAAAUACAAGUUAAAAAGGCCUAAGCCCAGCAACAGAGACAGAGAUAGAGACAGGAAGAGGAAGGAGGAAGCGAAGAAGAAGAACUUAAAGAGGAAAAGCGAUGGCAAUGGCGAUCAUACAUCCACUAAGAAGAAAUGCAGUGAAGACAAAGAUAGAUCAAGACAAUCCCUUAAUAAUUCCACUAAAAAUGAAAGUCCAGGCAAAUCAGAUGCUAAUAGACGACAUAACACAAGUAAACAGCCCUUACAAAAAGAAACAGAUAAGAAAGAAAAUGAAAAAGCAGAAGUAAAAGAAGAUACUAAUAGCCAUGAAAGUACCGGUGCGCGAGACAGCCUGAGCAGUGUUGAUAGCCCAGCUAAAGGCACUCCGUCCAAGAACUUAGCAAAUUCCAGGCUUGCACAGUUAAGGGCGCAACUGAACUCUGAUAUCCAAAUGGAAGAGAAUAAAGACAAGUCCCCUGUUAAGACUAAGAGGAGAAGUCCCAUAGAAACUGAUACUAAAGUAGCUAAGACAGAGAAAAGCCCCACUAUGAAUGACAGUAAAUGCACAACACAGUCACCAAGCAGCGAAAGCUUACACUCUAUCCCAUCACCGUCACAAUUCUUCGCAGCGAACAAAAUCAUAUCAUCAAUGAUGGCACAAUUACCUGAUGAAUACUGUGAUAAAAUCAAACAAAAAGACACAUUUGCCGAAAUAGAACAAGGGAUAUGCAGUCAGGUUAAUGAGUAUCCUAAUGUAAAGCAUCCCGUAACUCCUCCACAGUUUUCAGAGGCUAGCAAGCUAGUUUCAGCUAUUAAAUCAAAAUUGUCUAGCAAAGAGGGUACAUUGAGGACCUUCACAACUGCAAAGGAGAGGUUGGAUGUGCUACGGACUAGGUUAAGUAAUGAGGCUGCUGAUUCAUCUAUGGAAGAUAGUAUUAUGAGCGACAGAGGGACAUUUCAAAGUGAAGCCAUGGACAUAGAUUGUAAAGAGAUAAAACCAUCAGUACCUGCAGUUAUUUGUACAAAAGAGAGUGUGAAUAAUAAUGAAAAUGUAGUCCUUGUUGUGGAUACUAAUAUAUUUAUACACGAGUUGGAUUUCAUCAAAAAUGUUCUCAACUCGCACAUAAAAGGCUACAGCGAACAACCAACUCUAUUGGUGCCAUGGCGGGUUAUAAAUGAGCUGGACAGGUUAAAAGACAAUAACAAUGGCAACGGAGCUAUAUGUAAACGGGCCAAAUCCGCCAUGGACUACUUGUAUAAGUCUUUACCUGAGAAUGAGAGGAUUAAAGGCCAAUCGUUGAGGGAUGCGAAUUCUCACAUUUAUCCGUGCGAAUUGCCAGACGACGAGAUUCUCAACUGCUGCUUGCAACAGGUUGAGAGGGGAAAAUCUGUGAUUCUGCUUACAAACGACAAGAAUCUUUGCAAUAAGGCGUGUAUUAAUAAUGUAAAGAGCAUAGGCCUUGGAGAGCUCAAGACUUUAUUGGAGAGUAAACCGCAGUCAACCACAGACCCUGAUCUAAUAACGGGUUUGAAACAUUGCGAAAGCGCCGUUUACCAACUACUAGCAAACAUACUAGAAAAUGAAAUGCGCGCAAAAUACAACAAUCUGUGGCAGCACGUGCUGUUCAAAGCGCCGCCUUGGACGUUGGCCGACGUGCUCCAAUGUUUGCUCAAACACUGGGUGGCCGUGUUCAGCGACGUGUUCCCCAGGAUAGAGCAUCUCAUCACAGACUUGAGAGCUUCGUUACUGGCCAUUGAUAAAAAAGAUCAGAACACGAUAUCACAAUCGGAGGUGUCAAACUUCAAGGAGUUAUGCGUGGAUAUAGCCAGGAAGUGUCAAAUCAUACCUGAGUACUUGGAACUGGCUAAAACAACAGUGGAACAACUCACCAGGAAAUGUGACGUGAGGGAUCCAGAGAUGAUUGUUAUCGAAGCCUUCGAAGGCGUUUGGAGGAUACUAUCCAGUUACUGCGCCAAACUAUCAACACUUUUGGGAAUACCGCACAGUAUAGAGGAUAAGAUGCCCGGCGAGGAGAGUAUGGAUGUACUCACUAGCAAGUUUCAGUUGUUUGAAGCGCAGAUUGCUGGACUGGCAAAUGCCAUUAAAUCCAUUCUCAACGUAGACCCAUUAGACCCUUGCUCGGAGGAGGCCAUGUCGCUGCUGGAGGUGGCACUCAAGGAGAGCCUCACGUCGGUGCAGAUGGACAACUCCGUCGUCAACAGGACCAACCUCACUGUAUUCUGUACUAAAUGCAGGAACAUGCUGCAGGAGGCGUACACGAAAUUCGCGCAACUCACCGACCUGCUCGACGUGUGCAAGAACACCUUCGCCGAUGCGUAAGUGAUCACUCGGCCGUACUGUCAUGGAGAUACUUCAUAUCGGUUGUUUAGCAUUUAUUUAUUAUUCGGUGGAGCCAUGGGAGGAGGGGAGAUACUGGGAACAUUGAAGGCAUGGGGACUUGUAGUUAGGGUCACUUACUGCUAUUUUUAUUUAAUUUCUUUCUGAACAAUCGUGCUAAUUAAUAUAUGAAUGAAUGAAUGAGUGAAUGAGCGAAUGAAUGAAUGAACUGGUCUAAACAACAAUUUUUUUUCUGUGUCAUGAAUUGUAGAUUAUUUUAGAUUUCUUGCCCGUACUUCUCUGGUGAGAACUGCUUUCCGAUCUAGUGGUAGAGUUAAUAUUGACGGAAUCUAAGUAAUAAUAACAUUGUUCAAGUUUAAAUAAAUUUAUUUCAAUUUAAAAUUGCUAAUAUAACACAAUAAAUUAAUGAUGUGAAUCUUAGCAUGCGGAACACACAAAACUCUUAAUUAUUGUUAUUUUUCAACCUUUCUAUAUCGCUCAUAUACUAUAUUAACUCCUUUCUAUUUCGCUCACACACAAUAUAUUGAUUAAAAAUUCGCAGCGACAGUAUUAGCGGUUAGCAGUUAGUUCGGAAUUAUUUCGCUUUCGUGUAUUUAAUGAGAUGAAAGCAUGCUACGUCGUUAUUUAUUGAUAUUAAUUCGCAACUAUAUUUAAAUUGUGAAAUAAUAAGAGAGACUUUGUUUGCUAACAAUAAUGCUAAUUAAUCCAAUAUUACGGGAUAUUAAACGAUAUUUAGCAAAGCUUUUAUUUUGUGAUUGAAAGCACGCUUUGCGAAAGUUAAAUAUGAAUGAAACAAAGAACAAAGUUAAAUAAAUUUCUUUUUAAUAAUUUGUUUAAAAUUUAAAAAAGGUAAUGGAGAGAUUUUUGUCUAAAUACAAUUUUCCACUGGGUCAUUUUGACAUUGCAUAACUAAAUGAAACCCGACUCGUCUUCUUGAAAAUAACACUUAUUAUUUACUUUAAUCAUAGAUGUAAAAAUAAAAAAUAGUAUUAAUAUCGAACGGAAUAAAUAUUAAUAAAAGCUAAUUUUAAUUUUACGCGCGCUAAUGCCACUAUUACUACUCUAUAAAAAAAUUGACACAGCGACAACAUCACACUUAAAAUGACAGACACUAAUGCACACGCUUUAUUCGCACUAAACUACAUAGUGAUAAAUGAAUCGGAAACUAAAACUGGCCGCUUUUUGACAAAAAUAUUCGUUAUUCAUUGAUGAUUUUUAGCGUCAUGUUAGCAGCGGUGAUAACGACGUGGUUUCAUUAAUUAUCGCUAUGGAAUAAUGACCCUGUAGAAAAAUGCAAUUUAUAAUAACGAUUUCAAAUAUAAGUGAAUUAAAGCUGAUUUAAAUUUAAUAUACAUCCUGUUUGCGAAAUAUUGUAACAAUGAUUUAUUUACAUUUAGGUAUAUUCUGUAAAAAUAUAAAUGGUUUGAUGAUUCUUUACAGAUCUUAUGGCUAACUUACCACAAAAUUCAACAAUAAGUCAUUAAAGGCGUCUUUUGAAUAUCAAAUGAAUGGUUGUGAAACACAAAUAGUAUCAACCAGUGCGGAAGUUUAUUGCGUGCAAUACUAUUAUCUUAAAUUAUAGAACAAAUUAAACGGUAUUAUUAGCUUUAACUUCAAGUAUGGAUGUUUGAAACAGUGCAAUUGUGGACAAUUAUAAAAAUAUGCCAAGGGCAGACGACACGACCACAUAACUAUUACCUGUUAAACUGUUGUAGAAUCUGGUGGGUCUACAAGAGUUUAUCUACUACAUCUAGUUAGUACCAAUACUAUUAGGUUUGUUUAUGAAAAUGAGUAGUGUUUCAUUUUACAUUCAUUCUGGUUAUGUGAUUUAAUAUGUUCGUAAUGAUUGGUCAGUGCAAUAAACCAGCCUCCUUAAAAUGUCGUGAAACACGACACGAAUGUCUGUCAGAUCGUGGUUGGUCGAGAAUAUGACUCUCACAUGGGUUUCUGACCAAUAACAGUCGUCACAACCAAACGAGACGCAUAUUCGUUUCGUGUUUCUUAUGCCGCAUUCUAGGGGCGCUGGGCUAGCAAUGCAAUGUGGUUCGCCGCUUUCGUAUUAUAUUUAUUGGUUAUAGUGAACUUUAAAUGAUUAUGUAGGCAAAGCGUAGCGUAGGUACAAAUGUAUGAUACGUCGUGGUAUGUUGUGUGCAUAUGAAUUCUGAUUAGUUAGAAAUAUUUUCUAUAGAGAUGUCUUCGUUUGAGAGUUACUAGAGGCUGCUAGUGAACUUGUAUUUCUCCUCCCUAAACAAGUGGCUUCCCCAAUGUUUAUUUUCAUCCUCAAUUCUGUAAAUUUCUAAAUACCCUAUUUUAUAUUUUCUCCAUAACCGUACACGAGUCUCUAGUCCACAAUUUGUACAAAAUUGUACCAAUUUAGGUGAAAAAAAAAACAUCUUUCUGUUUAACUAUGAAGUUCCUUUCAUUCGGCUUUGUACAUAGUAUUAAUGUUCCAUAGGUGCAAUAUCUGUGCUGUAUAUAUUGUGAAUAUGUGUAAAAAAUAAGGCACUUAAUAUUGAAAAUUAUAAAAAACUAAGUGGAACUAACCUGAGUGUAACAAAAUCUACCGGUACCUAUGUAAAUUUGAAUCUUUUUAUAUGGUUAUUGUUGUACACUUUUAUCUAAGAUAUAUAUACUUCUUGUAUGUAAUGUAUAUGUAAUUGUUUUUAAACGCCUUAUAAUCUAGUAAGUGUAAAUGAAUAUUAGGCGAUUAUAAAAUAGAACGUCGCAUCGUUCCAUUUUAAUUUCGCUUCUUUACUGACACGGUAGAAUAUUGAUGAUAAGAGAUUCUAGCUUGCGAGUUCCUCAGUGGCGAAAGGGAACCGGGUACAACAUGUAGAUAUGCAUAAAUGCGGUCUGUAAAUCGUUCUGAUAAUUAGAUUCUACCUAAAAGGAAGCCGGUAGGAAUCUGGUUAUAUGUACCCUUCACCACUGGAGUUUACUUCAUAAAGGCGUAAGGCGUAGUGGACGGAUCGUUCAUUGUCCGUAUUGUAAACUGUUGACUAAUGUAACACGAGCUAUUUUACUAUUUGUAUAUAUGUAAUAUGUACUGUGCUAAGGUUCAAAUUCAAACCCUCAAAUUGACGGGCUCUCAUACAUUGGUGCAGGUGCCAAAACGCUUUCUUUUGCUAUUUGUAGUAUUUACUGACAAAUAUGUAAUAGAUAAUUGACACUUGAACCAUUUUAAAUAUAACCCAUCGAUGUAUGAAAUAGCAGAAAAAAUAAGCUAGCAAAGUUAAAUGUUAUAGAUGUAUGUCCUUAACGUUGCUCAUUAUUACUGGAAUAGUUUUUUGAAUGUUAACAUUAAUUUGUACUCGGCUUACCCAAAACCUUGCGAAGUGGGUAAUAUUUGCCCCACAAAAUACUUGUAAAAGGAAAAUAAUUUAUUACAUUAGUAUAGGCAUUUAAAUUGCAGACUAAAUUAGUCUUAGAUAUAUUUCCAUAUUAAUGAAUGGUGUCGCGAGAUGGUGGCUCAAAUAUGACCCGCAAAUUUAAGGGUCAAAUAUGACCCGCAAAUUGAUGGCUCAAAUAUGACACGCAAAUUUAUGGGUCAAAUAUGACCCGCAAAUUUAUGGGUCAAAUAUGACCCGCAAAUUUAUGGGUCAAAUAUGACCCGCAAAUUUAUGGGUCAAAUAUGACCCGCAAAUUUAUGGGUCAAAUAUGACCCAUGGCAAAAAAUCUCACCAAGCAUGGCCUGUUAGUAGUGAUUGUAUGUUUGUAAAAUUUUAAAUCAUCUGAUGUGAAAGGAACUUCAGACGUCUUUGAAGACUGACUAAUUGUUAUAUUUUGUCUACUGUUCACGUUUAUGAUAAGUUAACAUUUCCAUGUAGUCUAUAGGUUGUAUGGAUAUGCAGAAAAUGGGAUUAAUUUAUAAGUAGAUGGUAAUUUUGUUGUAUUAUAGACAUAAAACAGUUUACGGGUAUGUAUAGCUUCUUUUCGGCACAUUUUUCAAUGUAACUGUAAUGCAGUUUUCAGGCAAACGUUGAAGAUGCGUUUAUUUUCACACAGCGUGAUUUGAGCAUGUUACCCUGUCUUAAAAAGACUUAAUGUUCAAAAUUAUUGAAUUACAAAGUGUUGCGUGGCAUUGCACCGCGCUCGUUACCUUAGAACAUUGUUAGUCUGAAGUAUAGUGGAUACAAUGUUCAAACUGGAACAUUCCCUUAGAAUGUCUCAAAAAACGCGACUUGUAAAGCGAUGUUUAAUUUUGAUGUUUGUGAUUGAUCUAAAGAUCUUCAGGUACAUGUUUAGUCUCAACCAAUCCCAAAAAACGACACAUAGUCGUAUCGUGUGUUUUUGUGAUAUUCUAAGCAUACAUCACCUUUGCGAAUUUCAGACAACAAUCAGUUAUAUUUGUGGGUAUUGGAGAAAUAAGCGCAGGAGCGUUUCACGCGAUUUGUAAUUUAAUGUUUUGCUACUGUUUAUUAAGUAUUCGCUUGACAUCAUGAGACCCAUUUGCUCGUUACGUCAUUCAGUUGAAAAAAAAAUACAAGCACGCACUGUAACGUGCUAACAGCUCGUAGCCUGUCUAAGAAGCUUCGUACACGAGUCGUGAUAGAAACGUAUUGUAAGGGUCAACUUAUAUCAGCCAUAAUAAUUUCUCGUCUCACGAAUUCGCGUGUAUUUUCUAGAAUGUGUCCGAAUUCGCGAGACUCUUUUUUAUCAGAAUAAAAAUAAUAUGCACGUUAUAUUGUGGUGAUAAGGUUGAGUUCACUAUAUGAAAUUAUAUAUUGAUGAUUCGUUGUCUCUACUCUCCGCUGAUAUGAAUUGACUCCAAAAGUAGUAUAUUUCGAUGGCUGUACGUUACAAACCCAUACAUACAUUUCUCUAAAUAUCCUUAUACGACAUCGUUUUAGAAGUAUCGCUUGUCGUAGUUUUUAUUCGACAAUCCCGUAGUUCAAAAAAAUAUAUGCGAACGAUACGAUUACAUCACGACACGUGUUUGAAGGGGGGCAAUCAUUGUGUUAUGCAUUUCUCUAAAUAUACCUUUGUAAAUUUACAGAAUUUCUACUUUAUGUAUCAUUUUAGACUUUCGAUAUAAAUAUUGUAAUUACAAUAUAUUAUUUACCUGAAGACUGCAUUCCACAGCUCUGUAUUUUUUUUGUAUUACUCAUUGAAAGGCCGACGUGGUACGAAAUGGGCUUUUAUAAGAAAAAAUAUACUUCAUUUCAAUGGUUUACAUACCAGAAUGAGUAUUGCAUUAUUUUGACAAUAACCGAAAUAUAAGAUCAAAAAUAUCAUUUUACUGUGUAUUUUAUUUAAACACGGGAAAAUCUGGCAGUUAAUCGGCAUAUUAUGGAUUUCGAGAGGUGAUCAACUAAGUUUUAUACGGGUGUUGCAAAAUGCAGGUAUCAACAAUUACACUAGUAUUUUAAGUGACUUAUUCAGACGUGUUUAAAAAUUACAAAGAUGCGGGCGCACACGUCACGUGUGUAAAAAUGGGCGCUACAGUAGCGCAGUGUCACAUACGGUGUGAUUUGUGUAGCUGACGCGAAAUUUCCAUGACAUAGCAGUUGUGUUUUCCGCCACACACAUGUAGCGCUUAUUUUUACACCCUAGGCGUGUAAAGUUAGACUAGCUUUCGGUUUUGCUAUGAGUUUAAGAGCGCAAAAAAUUCGGUAAGCCACAACAGUGGUUUAUCAUGUUUGAUGCAUUGUUUUGCACCGCAAUCCGCGUGUUAACGAAUUUCUAAUUUGUAUAAAAAUAUUUAUAAAUUCUAUUGGUAUAUAAUAAACAUCAAUUUGCUCAUGUAUGAACACUGUUAGUUUAAUCAUUGAUGUUUAUUUUUAAUCUCCCCUCAAAUAUUGAAUAUUGAUUUUAAUGCUUCACUGCUGUGCACCAGUUUUUAUUAAGAUAUCGUUAAAAAUAUAUUUGUUUGUAACUCUGGUAACGAAUUGGUUGAAAAUACACGUCGGCCUGUCAAUGAAGAUCUAUAUUGAUAUCCACUUAUAUACGUGUCACGUUAUGUCAGCUAGUAGUAAAGAUGCGCGCGCGCGCUGUACGUGACGUCACGCCGGCGUUUCGGGCAAUAUCAGCAUUUAAAUAUUUCUUAGAAGAAUAAAUUGUACGAAUUCUAUGUCCAAAAAUAAAGUUAUUCUUUGUACACUA